UCUUUCUAUUCAUUCAUUAAUGUGAUUACCUCUGUGUGUUCCAUUUAUUUACUUCAUUAACCUUUUAUCUAUUUUUUCUUAUUCUUCCAUGUUUAUGAUCUACUAAAGUCAAUAAUUAUUUAAUUAAUUUAAAUUAAUUCGAUGGGCUCAUUUAUAUGUGUGUUGUUGAUUUUCUUUUUGUUCUUCUUGUCUCUAGGUAUUGACUUUUAAUCCUGUUUUGUUUUUGGUGUUUUUAAUAUGUGGCAAAACGAUGAUAACAAAAUGGAGAUGAAUCAAGGCUGGAAUCGUGGAGAUGAUAAAAAAAGUGACCAACAACAGCAACAAGUGGAUGCAGAAAAUGAUAAGCUGGGCUUAGAUAAUUUCGACGAACUUCUUGGUGCUAUUGGUGGUUGUGAUAAUUUUAUGAGCACUGGAAGUAAAAUGAACAAUAAUAGUAAUAGUAAUAGUAGUAAUAAUAACAACAACAAUGAUUAUUCAUAUGGAUCUCAUCACAAUUCCGCCGCCAUGGCUACAACCGAUGUUGUAGUAGAGAAACAUUUUGAGGAUGAACGUCUCAAUGUUGCUCUCUUCUCAACAAUCAUCCAAAGAAUCGUUGAAUCCGAGCAAAGUUUAUCGUUUAUUGAUGGAAAUUGGAUGCAAGAAAGAAAUUAUUGAAAAUGCCUUACGUUCCAGUGGAGUAUCGAGAGAUGAUCUUCUCAAUUUCGGUCGAAACUUCUCAAUUCGUGAUAAUAUGGGCGAUAUGGAUUCGAGGGGUAAAGGUCAGGCCAGCAGCAAUACUCCUACUAGUCUAAUCAUGAAUUGCCUCGCAAAUUCAAAUCUUUCCAGUAUUAUGAACCAGCAUCCAUCUCAAGGGAUGCAGCAGACCCAACCUCAAGUGACUCUUUCAUCUCAGACUCAAGACCAUAUCAUUAAUGUCCAACAGUCUACUUCUCAGCAACAGCAUGGUCAAAGCCAAAUUCAUCAUCAGCUUAAUCGAGCGCCUUCUCAAGCAUUGCCCUCAGACUAUUAUCAUGGCUUCCAAAUGAUCGCCAUCUUAUUUGGAUUAUUUUAUGAUGAAUCAUAAGGCCAACAAGAAAUUCACUUCUCUUCUGUGAUUUCAUCUUUUUUUCGUUACUAUUUCGCCAACAACAUUUUCUUGUCUGUUACGAAUAUAAAUUCAACACCAUCUUCAUCAUCUCAUCAGUAAAAUUCACUUCGGUGGUAUUUUUAGCUUUAAAUUCUGGUAGUUUCUCGGAAAAUUCUAGUAACUCAUCUCGCCAUUUUCCUCUGUGUAUCUUCUUGAUUCUUGAUUAAGGUAAAGGGAGAGAGUGAAAAGGGUCGUAUUCUCACAUAGGUGUUUUCUUUUGUUCUUCUUCUUUAGAAUUAAAUUCUAUUCUAUCAGCCUGUAAAUUGAAGUGUUCUAAUCAUGGCCACUGCUUGGGAUAAAUUGGAACAAUUGUUAACCUGUGCAAUAUGUUUGGAUCGAUUUCGAAACCCAAAGAUGCUUCCAUGUCAACACAGUUUCUGCCAGGAACCUUGUAUGGAAGGUCUUCAAGAUUAUGCCCGACGGCAGAUUAAAUGCCCUGAAUGUCGAGCUGAACAUCGGAUACAUUUUCAAGGAAUUCAAUCCUAUCCCACCAAUGUUACUCUUCAACGGUUCCUUGAGUUACACCAAAGUAUAACCGGUGAAGAGCCUGAACCUGUUCCCUCCAUGAUGGAAAGGUGUGGUGUCUGUUCAGAGAAAUCAACAGCUACUCGAUGUAAUCAUUGUGAUAAAAAGGUUUGCCCCGAGUGUAAAGAAGCUCAUAUUGAUAUUCUUAAACGUGAAAUCUCACGUAUUUGUCAUCAAGUUCGUCGAGCUCUCAAUAGAUUACAAGAUGCUCUCUCACAAACCGAACGCUCAAUGGAAAGGUUAAAUGUUAACUCGGUUCACAUUCGUGAUGAAAUUGAAGAAAUUGUCCGACGAUUUGUUCGUGAUUUAAAAGCUCAAGAGGAUAAAAUGUUAAAAGAUUUGGAAACUUAUUCACGAGUAGAAUCGAAAAAUUUAACCAAAUUAAAGGAAGAUCUUGCCAUUGAGUAUGAUUUUCUUAAAGAUAAUUGUGACCUGGUUGAGAAAAAUAUCGUCGACCCAAAGAAAACCUGGAAUGAUGUUGAACUUUGUGAGGUGAAAUUUAUUUUUGUUAAAACCGAUUUUCUAAGAAAUUUUGAUGCCGAUGCUGCCGAUUAUACUCGAGGUAUGAAGUUCUUGCCAAGCUCAGAGUUGGACUCACUUCGCCGUAAUUUGGUUAAUUUUGGUGAACUUAAACUGUCAACUCUCGAAGAAUCUAACGCUAAUGUACAUGCCUCAUCUCCUGGUUUAAUGUCCACCACUGGGGUCAGUUCAUCUUAUUUGUCGGUCCCCCAACAAAGUAUGCUCAUGAGAAGUCAGAGUGACCAUCGAUUGGCAACACAAUUUGCCCGUCGUGACUCGCGAAUGACUGAUUUAACUCAAAGUCGACUCAAUACUCCAGGUUAUUCUGAUUCCGAGAAAGAUCCUCGUGAUCCUAAUAGAGCCACAUCUCCCAGCGGUUAUUCAUCUCGAUCUCGACGAGAUGAUACAAGUCGACUUGGAAGUAGGUAUGGAGAUGAUAGUCGAGAUCCGACAUCUCGUCGAUUCCUUCGAGAUUCUAGUGAUACUUACCGUCCUGGUGGAUAUUCUCGUACAGAUGAAGAUUCUUUCUCCACCGGGCCUCAGUUCAAAUCUCGUUUCAUGAGAGAACGAGGUGGUGAAUUGGGUUUCGAUGAUUUCGAUUAUGAUCCAUCAACUUACAUGCCUCGAAGUGUACGAUUCGAGGAACCCUCAUCAACCACCACAACAGCAACUUCAUCUGCUCCACUAGUCAAAGUUUUCGACACACCAGAAGCACCAAGAGGUUGUCUCAGUGGGAUUGUUAAAAUUUCCGAUACUGCUCAUUAUAUGGAGCGUUCACAUGAGAAUGAGGUUCGAGCUAAGGUUGAAAAAGAAAAGAAAGAAGAGGAAUCACGAAGUCUUCCCCCACCAACAUCAGUAUCCUCGUACCAACCACCCUCAAGACCCAGGCCACCCUCUCGUCAGGUAUCCGAAGAUGAGAUUGAAAAGCAAAAGAAAAUGAAUCAAGCGGCAUCCGCAGCACCAAAUGUCACCCCCAGUAGAGCCAACAAUUCAUCCUCGUUAGACAAUAGCAAUUUAACCACAACAACAGCCAAUAGUUUAUCAAGUAAUUUAGCUCCAUCCAACAUUGGAUUAACCUCUUCAUCAACACCAAAUUCAUUAGAUAAUUACGGUUCCAGUUUAUCGUCCACCACAGUGCCAUCCUCUGACACUAUCCGACCUGUUGCUCGACGAGUCGGUUCAACUAGAGAUGAUGAUGAUUUAAGCACAGGUCGAUCUUAUCGUGAUAACAAUACUUCCUCGACUACAACAACAACACCAUCCUCUCGACGUGGAGUUGGCUCAAGUGAGCUAACCUCAAGUUCAUUGGUUGAUGAUAACGACGAUGAUCUUGAUAGUUCUAAUUUAUCCCGAAUUGGACGCAGACGACGUGGAUCAUUAUCUGGAGAAGAUUCAAAAGAUUCGUUGUCAAGUCGCUCAUCACAACCAACGCAAGCAUCUUCUGCAUCAUCAACAACAUCCUCAUCACCUUCAACAACUGGCACUUCAAGGCAAGUUCAAGGGGAGGAGAUGGUAUCAUCACUGUCAAAGGAGGAUAGGAUCAUGUCAGAAGGUGAAUUGGUUAAUAAUAAUAUUAAUAGGAAUCAUGAUAGUUGCAAUUCAGUUAAUAGUAAUAAUACAAAUAGUUACAGGCAAAAUUCAAUUUCUCAAUCGUCAACCGGAUCAUCUUUACCUCAUCGUCAUCUACCGCUGUUAAACCUGUUGCACAUAAACUUGAAAAUUUUCUCUGUGAAUCACCUCCCUUCUCAUCAUCAUCAUCGUCAUCAUCAGCAUCACCAUUUUCCUCUGAUGUUUUAGCUGAUCAACUAUCCAGUGUUACAAAUAAUGUAACAUCACCAGCACCUUCAUCCAGUAGUCUGAUCAACAGUGAAAGAUUAACCUCAUUUCUCACUGGCUCUUUAGAUCGUAAACAACUGCGAAGCAGUUUAGAUCGUAAAAAUAAUGAU